AUGGUUUCAUCAAGAUUACGACGAUACACAUCGAUCAUAGUCCUUUUCACAACCCUUGGACUGUUGAUGUACACCUUCCAAAAAUCCAUACCGGAUGUUAAAAACUUGAAAGAUCUCAGGAAACAAGCAGGCAACUGGACACUGUUGGGCCAUCAGACAGCUCUUGAGAUCGAUCCGCCUCCUGCCGAGCGUCCUGUCGGAGCCCUUGUAAUAGCAGCAGGGGCGGAUACCGAUCUCAAGUGGACAAUUUCCGCCAAAGUCAAUUGGACUGUGUAUGAAUACGAUGUCCGCCAACCCAACAACCCCGACCCGCAACUCCGCUUCCCAGCAGCCAAAGGCAAUGAAGCGAUGAUAUACCUCUCCUUUAUCAUCGACCACUACGAGUCCCUACCCUGGUCCAUUGUCUUCAUGCACGGCCAUCUCGAAGCCUGGCAUCAGGAGGACAACGCUGUCCGGAUUUUGGGAGGCCUGAACCGCGUGGCUCUGGCCCGGCAAGGCUACAUCUCUCUGCGUUGUGACUGGUAUCCCUCGUGUCCGGCUGAGAUGCGGCCUGUGCACCAUGACGCUGUGGUAUGGGGCCCUGAGGGCGAUACGAAGGGGACAGAGGCUGCAAUCGCUGGGAACUGGCGGCUGUUGUUCCCGGGCGAGAAGUUGCCGGAGACGAUUGCGAGUCCAUGUUGUGCGCAGUUUGCUGUGACAAGGCAGGCGAUUGCCAAGAGGCCGAAGGAGGAUUACGAGCGACUGAGGAAUUGGUUGAUGAGAUCGUUGCUGGAGGAUAACCUGAGUGGGAGAGUGUUGGAGAAGCUGUGGGCGUACUUGUUCACGGGUGAAGCUGUGCAGUGGGUGGUUCUUAUCUCCUGGCUAUAG